AAAACCCUAAAAUUUUAUUAUUUGGCCCAAAACUAUGCAACAAAUACGCAACUUUACGACCAUAAAAACCUCUUCUGGUGGAGUUUGGCAAGGCGAUAAUCCUCUAAAUUAUGCCUUCCCAUUAUUAAUAGUUCAAGCAAUUCUAGUUCUCAUCGUCACCCGCUUCCUCACUUUCCUUCUAAAGCCCCUUCGACAACCACGAGUUGUUGCUGAAAUAAUUGGCGGAGUUUUGCUUGGGCCAUCAGCUCUUGGCCGGAACAAAUACUUGUUUGACAUAGUAUUUCCUUCAUGGAGCACUCCUAUACUAGAAUCCGUAGCAAGUUUAGGCCUCCUUUUCUUUCUCUUCCUAGUAGGUCUCGAACUGGACUUAAACUCAAUCCGCCGUACCGGAAAAACUGCUUUCGGCAUAGCACUCGCCGGAAUCUCCCUCCCUUUCCUAUUCAGCAUCGGAGUAUCGUUCCUUCUUCGAAAAGCCGUUCAUGGUAUGGACAAGGUUGGCUAUGUCCAAUGUAUAAUGUUCAUCGGAGUUUCCCUAUCCAUCACUGCUUUUCCUGUUCUCGCUCGCAUUCUAGCAGAGCUCAAACUUCUAACCACCCAUGUCGGUCAAACCGCCAUGGCCGCAGCCGCAUUCAACGACGUAGCAGCAUGGAUCUUGCUAGCCCUAGCCGUAGCACUCGCGGAAAACGGCUCAAACGGGGAUCAUUCAAGCUCCAGCGCUUUAACAUCUAUAUGGGUUCUCAUUUCCGGAGUUGCUUUUAUUGCUUUCAUGCUCAUUUUUGUUCGACCAGUAAUGACUUGGGUCGCAAGGCAAUGCUCACUAGGACAAGAUGGGGCAGACGAAGCAUAUGUAUGUUUAACCUUAGCCGGAGUAAUGUUGUCCGGGUUAAUGACCGAUCUUAUAGGAAUACAUGCAAUAUUUGGUGCAUUUGUGUUCGGUUUAAUGAUACCUAAAGAAGGAGAAUUUGCGGGGAGAUUGAUUAAAAAGAUUGAAGAUUUUGUUUGUGGUUUGCUACUGCCGCUUUACUUUGCUUCGAGUGGGUUAAAGACAGAUGUGGGGACAAUCCGCGGAGCUGAAGCGUGGGGACUUCUGGCGUUGGUAAUAACGACGGCUUGUGUCGGUAAGAUUGUCGGAACGUUUGCGGUGGCUAUGGUGUGCAAAAUUCCGGUGAGGGAGUCUUUAGCGCUUGGAGUAUUGAUGAAUACAAAAGGUUUGGUGGAGCUCAUUGUUCUCAACAUUGGCAAGGAGAAAAAGGUACUCAAUGAUGAAAUGUUUGCUAUUUUAGUGCUUAUGGCCCUCGUCACCACCUUCAUGACAACUCCAAUAGUAAUGGCCAUUUACAAACCCUCAACUCGUAUCUUCCGAGUGGAAACUCAAUCAUCAACUCGAAAGAACUCUCAACACACUACAACAAUUCUUGCUUGCGUUCAUAAUCCAGACAAUGUACCUUCAAUUUUCAAUCUCAUCGAAUCAACUACAACUCUCCAAAAAUCCUCUCUCAAGCUCUAUCUAAUGCACCUUGUUCAACUCACCGAUCGAUCAUCUUCGAUCAUGAUGGUUCAACGCACUCGAAAGAACGGUUUUCCCUUCGUUAAGCAAUUGAUCUCUCAGACCAGCCGUAGUAGUAAUGAUCAAAUAGCAGCUCCAUUUAAUGUUUAUGGAAAAAUCGGAAAUGGCCACGUUAAAAUUCGGCAGUCAACUUCUGUGUCCGCAUUGUCCACAAUGCAUGAAGAUAUUUGCAGUUUCGCGGAAAGUAAAUGCGUAGAUUUGAUAAUUUUGCCGUUCCACAAGCAAUGGAAUGACGGAACAGAGGAGGUUGGGAAUGUUGGAUUGCGAUUUGUCAAUCAAAAUGUUCUUGCGACUGCUCCAUGUUCCGUCGCCCUACUUGUGGACCGUGGAUUUAGUUGCGCCGAUCAGAAGGUUUGUAUUCUGUUUUUUGGCGGCUUUGAUGAUCGUAAGGCUCUGGAAAUGGGCGGUCGGAUGUCUGAACACCCGAGUAUUAGUACUACUCUGAUCAGAUUUCAACAUCAACAUGCUAUCGAAUGUAAAGACACAUCAAAGGAAGGAGAUGACGAAGUAGCGAUGGCGGAAUUCCGAGGAAAAUGGAACGGAUCGGUCGAGUAUAUAGAGAAGGAUAUGAAGAAUAUAAGGGAGGAGAUGAUGAACAUAGGAAUAAACUUCAAUUUGGUGAUUGUGGGGAAGGGAGCUACAGUAUCAGAACUAGCAAACCCUCAGGCAGAACAUCCUGAGCUAGGCCAUCUAGGCGCUCUUCUAGCUUCAUCAGAAUUUAGCAUCACAGCCUCUGUGCUAAUUAUCCAACGCCACAAUCCAGCCGAUAAUGUCGAAACGAUUAAUUGCAAAAAAAUCAUGAAUGUUUAAUGUAGUGAUCAGAAACAUGUCCGCUAAAAAAAAUCCGCAAUAUAAAUCGGUGCUUGCAUAGUCUAGCUGUAAGGAUUUUACAUUUCGUUAUGUGAGUCACAAUUUCAA